GACUCACCUGCCAUUGGACCCAGAGGCCUUUUUGUGGGAGACCUUGUUACUCAUCUUCAGGAUUGCCCUGUUACUAACGUACAAGAUUGGAAUGAAUGUUUAGAUACCAUUGCAUAUGAGCCCCAAAUUGGUUACUGUAUAACUGCAUCAACGUUACAACAAUUAAGCUUUCCAGUUAGAGCAUACAAACGACUAGAUGGUUCUACUGAAUGCUGUAACAAUCACAGCCUCACAGAUGUGUGCUUUUCCUACAGAAAUAAUUUCAAUAAGCGUUUGCAUACGUGUCUACCUGCCCGGAAAGCAGUUGAAGCUACUCAAGUUUGUAGAACCAAUAAAGACUGCAAAACCAGCUCAAGUUCAAGUUUUUGUAUAGUACCAUCAUUGGAAACUCAUACUCGAUUAAUAAAAGUGAAACAUCCACCUCAAAUUGAUAUGCUGUAUGUAGGGCACCCACUGCAUCUUCACUAUACAGUGAGCAUCACAAGUUUUAUUCCACGUUUCAACUUUCUAAGCAUAGAUCUGCCAGUGAUUGUGGAGACAUUUGUCAAGUAUCUGAUUUCUCUUUCCGGAGCUCUUGCUAUUGUUAAUGCAGUACCCUGCUUUGCCUUGGAUGGUCAAUGGAUUUUAAAUUCUUUCCUGGAUGCUACCCUUACCUCAGUGAUUGGAGACAAUGAUGUCAAAGAUCUGAUAGGAUUUUUCAUCUUGCUUGGUGGCAGUGUACUUUUGGCUGCCAACGUGACCCUGGGACUCUGGAUGGUUACAGCACGGUAAUAUUUGUUCUCAUCCAACAAAAAGCAUCAAGUACAACUAUGUGGGAGUAUCUUUUGUCAUUGAAAUUCUUCCUAGGUAUGAAGUAUAAAGUGUUUCCUUAAAAAAAUCUUGGCCAGCACCUUUGAGCUCUUCCUAUAUCUAGAGCAUCCAAACUCUGUAGUGAAGAAGUAGUGGAAGAAAUGAAAAAAUAAUUCUUGUCUACAUCCUAGUUUUAAAGAUUGAAUGGGCAAAUUUUGAAUGUUUGUGGAACAAUUUUUAAAGAAGUGAAAAUCCACUCAUGUAAUACCAUUUUGU